AUGUCCACACAAAAACCUGCCCAGAUGUUAAUAGGAGCUUUAUUCAUAAUUGCCAAAACGUGGAAGCUUCCAAGUCCUUUAGUUAGAACACAGCUCUCCUCCUGUGGCGCCGUCGCCUUCCUCCGCUACUGCGUCUACUUCGACCGAAGCGGCGUGGCGACUCCGCGUUCAAGCGCCGCCUGUGGGAAAGUGAGCGCGACGGCGGCGGAGGCGCGGCGGAGGCGCGGCGGGCCGGGCUGGGCGGGCCCACGGAGCAAGGCCGGGCCGCGGGCGCCGCCGCCGCCGCCGCCGAAAGGCCCGCGGGACGCACGCCGGCGUGGGGGUGGCUCCCGUGCCACGUUGUGUUUGCGGAAAGAAGAGCCCAGCAGCAAAAGGCUGAGGGACGGGGCGCCCAGCGGAAGUACUUUAGCGACGCCGAGGUGGCGUUACAAUUUUAGUUGUGGGAUCCAGCAAAGAAUGAAAAAUUACAACAACUUUUUCUGCAAGAGGUAUGAAUGGGAGAACUUCGGUUAUCCAGAGAUUCUUUUCCCUUAUAGAUUAUUACAAGAUAUUGAUUAUAGUUCCCUGUGCUAUACAGUAGGUGCUUGUUGGUUAUCUGUUUUGUAUUUAGUAGCAUGUAUAUGUUAAUCCCAAACUCCUAAUUUAUCCAUCCCCUUCUCCCCUUUGGUUACCAUAAGUUUGUCUUCCCUGAGUCUAUUUCUGUUUUGUAAGUAAGUUCAUUUCUGUCAUUUUUUUAGAUUCCAUAUAUUAGUGAUAUCAUAUGAUAUUUGUCUUUGUCUGA